GCGCGAUCCCCGCCGCCGCCCGCCUCCCCCCGCCCUCGGCCGCCCCUCGCCCGCGCUGCCCGUUCCCGCCGCGCCGAGGAGAUGGCGUCGGGGCUGCGCGCCGCCGGUUUCCCCCCCUGGAAGCGGCACAUCGCGGCGGAGCUGCGGCGGCGGGACCGGCUGCAGCGCCAGGCCUUCGAGGAGAUCAUCGCGCAGUAUAACAAGCUCCUAGAGAAGUCGGACCUUCAUGCAGUGCUGGCUGAUAAGCUUCAAGCAGAAAAAUAUGACUUGCAGAGCAGGCAUGAGAUUAGUCCAGGACAUGAUGGCACGUGGAAUGAUGCUCAGCUGCAGGAACUGGCACAGCUGAAGAUAAAGCAUCAAGAGGAGCUGACAGAGCUGCACAAGAAACGUGGCGAGUUGGCCCAGUCUGUAAUUGAUCUGAAUAACCAAAUGCAGCAGAAGGACAAAGAGAUGCAGAUGAAUGAAGCAAAGAUUGCAGAGUAUUUACAAAAGAUCUCUGAACUGGAAACAGAGUGCCAGGAGUUGCGCAGCAAGCUGCAAGACCUUGAGCGAGCUAAUCAGACGCUGAAGGAUGAGUAUGAUGCUCUCCAGAUCACCUUCAAUGCCCUGGAGGAGAAACUGAGGAAAACUACAGAAGACAACCAGGAGCUGGUCUCACGUUGGAUGGCAGAGAAAGCACAAGAAGCCAAUCGUUUGAAUGCAGAAAAUGAAAAGGAUUCCAGGAGACGACAAGCCAGGCUGCAGAAGGAGCUGGCAGAAGCUGCCAAAGAACCCCUGCCUGUUGAACCCAGGGAUGAUGAUAUUGAGGUGCUGGCAGAUGAAACCUCCGACACAGCCGAGGAGACGUCCCCGGUGCGAGCCGGCACCCGGCCAGCCAGUAAGCGACUCUCCCAGCCAGCUGGAGGCCUUCUGGACUCUAUCACUAAUAUCUUUGGGAGGCGUUCUGUGUCCUCGUUCCCUGCUCCCCAGGAUAAUGUAGAGCCACAUCCAGGUGCCAGUAAAGAAGUGAGAGUGCCCACUACUGCCAUAUGUGUCUUUGAUGCCCAUGAUGGGGAGGUGAACGCAGUGCAGUUCAGCCCUGGCUCCCGGUUGCUGGCGACAGGAGGCAUGGACCGGAGGGUUAAGCUUUGGGAAGUCCUGGGAGAUAGGUGUGAGCCCAAAGGUUCCCUCUCUGGUAGUAAUGCUGGGAUUACAAGCAUAGAAUUUGAUAGUGCUGGUUCUUACCUCUUAGCAGCAUCAAAUGACUUUGCCAGCAGAAUCUGGACAGUUGAUGACAAUCGAUUACGGCACACCCUGACGGGGCACAGCGGCAAAGUGCUGUCAGCCAAGUUCCUGCUGGACAACGCGCGCAUCGUGUCGGGGAGUCACGACAGGACCCUCAAGCUCUGGGACCUCCGCAGCAAAGUUUGUAUAAAAACAGUGUUUGCAGGAUCUAGCUGCAAUGACAUCGUAUGUACUGAGCAAUGUGUAAUGAGUGGACAUUUUGAUAAGAAAAUCCGUUUCUGGGACAUCAGGACUGAAAGCAUAGUAAAAGAACUGGAGCUGCUUGGAAGAAUCACAGCUCUUGACCUGAACUCAGAGAGAACAGAGCUAUUGACCUGCUCCCGUGAUGAUCUACUGAAGAUCAUUGACCUGCGGGUUGGUGCUGUCAAGCAGACGUUCAGUGCCCAGGGAUUCAAGUGUGGCUCUGACUGGACAAGAGUUGUGUUCAGCCCUGAUGGCAACUAUGUGGCUGCUGGUUCAGCUGAUGGGGCUCUCUAUGUUUGGAAUGUGCUGACUGGGAAAUUGGAGAGGACACUUGCAAAGCAUCACAGUUCUUCUAUCAAUGCAGUUGCGUGGUCCCCAGCGGGUACCCACGUUGUCAGUGUGGACAAAGGAAACAAGGCUGUCUUGUGGUCUGAGUUCUGACUGGAUGGAGGGUGAGAGGCAGAGCAUCCUGUCCUGCUGUGUGGUGCUGCUGGUCCGUGGCUGGACAAAAGGGAGACCCCGAGCCCAGACCCACCCUUGGGCGGGAUACGAAGAAGCGCGUGGGCUUCGCUUUCCAGGGGAAAGUCCUAAAGCAAUGGAGAAGGGGCCUGAGUCAGAGACUUCUUAUGGCCAUAACUGCACUGUGGCACUCGGACUCAGCAAGGGAUUAGCUGUUCUGGAUGGAGAAUUCUACUGAGUCAUGCCUUUACAUGCAUUAUCUAUGCACCAAGUGAAGCUGAAGAUGCUAGUGGGAUUCCUCAGCAGACAGCUGUGCCAAAUACCCUGUCACACUAAUGUAUCUACAGCACUUCUGAGUUGGGAACGUUGGGAAGAAGAUACUGUAUAUGCUGACUUAACACAUGUCCCCUCUCCCUUGUUCUGCUCUUGUUGGCCUAGUUCAGGCAUGGGGUGAGAAGAUCCUGACGUGUGGACAGGUCAUAGGCAGGCUGAAGUGUCGGAACAGCUUUUCAAGAGAGUCUCCCUGGGCCCUGGCAGCUCUGCCUUUGAGUUACCAGCUCAAUUCAGAGCUCCUCUCAUCCUGACACAGGUUCUGCAGCACUGUCAUGGGAACUCUUUAGACCAGUUUCACGUGUUCUUAAGGCAGUGUCUGUUCUUCAGGACUUCUGCACUCUGUUGAUAAAACGCCCUUCAGCAGCUUGGGUAUCACAAAAUAGGAGACUUUUCCUCUUUUAUGCCACGGGCAGUUGGGUUGCUGGGUGGGAAGAGAGAGAGGUUCAACUCCUGUUGUGCUGCUGUGACAAGGAAUGUAGUCAUACUGUGACUUCAGUACCAGAAUAUUGAUGUUUUGGUCCCUUUUCCUCUUCAUCUGUCCUGUCUUGACGGCUGCCAGCAGAACACAGGGGAGUAGCAGUGGGGCUAAAUCCCAGAUCUCUUGUUUUGGUGCUGGCAAUUCCAGGCCACUUGCCCCCUUCUCGAGCACACGUGCAAUAUUGCUGUGAGCGCUGGAGCCCUCUGUGCUACGAGCAGUGGCUUGGCUCAGCCCCUGUCGAAGCAUCCAAAACCAUGAUGUGGCUGGGCCUGAGCUACCUGGCACAACUUUCUCCAGCCAAACCUUUCCACGUCAUCUGGGCCUCGAGACAAGCCACCAGCGUUUUAUUGCCUUUUUAUUUGCACUUUAUUUUCUUCUUUCCUGAUAGUGUUUUACUGAGAAUUGUGUUCUUGGGAGGGGCUGGAUUAGGGGGCAGCUGCUGUAACAAGCAUCUCUCUAACCUGGCCUUUUGUUCAGACACGUUCUGCAGAGGGGAAUGAGAGUAUACAGGGCAAAGGUUUUAUUUAUUUGGCUGCCCAGAAGAACUUGAUUGUAAAUAAACUUGUGUUCUGCUUUUAAAACCCCACAA